AUGGACCCGGUUGGGAGAGAUGGAAACCUGACCUCGAGUUUCUUCCCACCUGACUGCUUCUCUCGCCACACAGAGCCACCCCUGCGCCUGGCGGGCGGGCGAAGCCGCUGCGAGGGCCGGGUGGAGCUGCGGCACCAGGGCGUGUGGGGCACGGUGUGCGACGACCACUGGAACAUCAGGAACGCCCGCGUGGUGUGCCGCCUCCUGGGUUGCGGCCGCGCUCUGGGUGCCCCGGGCCGCGGCCGCUUUGGCCAGGGCACCGGGCCCAUCCUGUUGGACGAUGUGCGCUGCGCCGGCAAUGAGGACGCGCUGGAACGCUGCGCCCACUCGGGGUGGGCCCGACACAACUGCCAGCACCGCGAGGAUGCGGGCGUGGUGUGCGCAGGUCCGGCUGACUCUCUUGUGCCUAAGGACAAUGCCCAGCUAUCCUGCUUGCCUCACCUCUUCCAAGCCGUUAUUGACCGAGGCUAUCUCCGGAGGCUGGGCUACUCCUCCUGGGACAUCCACUUAAAUGAUGAGCUAUGUCGCCCCAAAGUCAUGGGACGCUACCUGAUCUUCAACAUUCCCUAUGGCCACUGUGGCACUAUCCAGCAGGAGCACCUCGGCUCCCUCAGCUACUCCAACUCCAUCAGAGGCCGGACACGGGGCCACCCUGGCCAAGUCAUCGUGCGGCACAAGGUGCCCAAGCUGAAGUUCACCUGUAGGGUGGACGGUCCAUCCACAGUUGAAAUCAUUCAUGGGGAUGACGCUCCGAUGGAGGGUGCUGGCUACACCGUGUCCAUAUCCUUCCUCCAGUCCCCCAAGUCCCAGCCUGUGGAAGGCAUGGUGCCCUACUACGACAGCCAGAGGAAAGAGGUCUUCCUCCAAGCCACCCUCCACAGCCCCAAUCCCAACCUGAUGCUCUUCGUGGAUACCUGUGUGGCUUCUCCAGAUCCCCAAGAUUUUAUAACCAUCAAGUAUGAUUUGAUCCGGCAGGGGUAAGGAAGAUGGAAGGCCC